UGAGGUCAUGCGCGGUCACAUCAGGCAGUUCGUUGCAACGUAAAUUUUAGAAUCCACAUGUUGUUUGGCUUUGAUACAUAACACGUCAUAAACAAACGGUAAUGAGGGUAGAAUGGUUGUGGCGGCAGUUGUAAGUUUUAUCGCCACUUGGAUUGGUGCGUCGGACAAUGCGAUAAGACUUCUGCUGUCCUUGUUUGCAGGCUACCCCCUAGCCUUCCUGUAUCGGCGCUGGAUCAUCCUUCAACCUGCUCCAGUCAAACACAUCUUCUUCACUGUCUGUGGCCUUGUUCUCUGUUACUUCAAUUUCGGUGAUGCUGUCACUCACUCGCUUGUCAAUAUCCUGGUUGACUAUGUCAUUCUCUGCCUCAUCCCGGGAACAGCGCUGUCUGUGGCCUUGGCGUUUAUUUUUAACACAUUUUACCUGAUGGCUGGGUAUUACAAGGUGGAGACAGAUGACUACCAGAUCAUGUGGACCAUGCCCCACUGUGUGCUGACACUCCGCCUUACAAGUAUUAUAUUUGAUGUGUAUGAUGGACGCCGGAAACAGAAGGAGGAGUUGACACCCGACCAAGCACAGACAGCGUUAGAAAAAACACCAUCAUUGUUAGAAAUUUUUGGUCAUUGUUACUAUUUUGGAGGAUUCCUCAUAGGACCACAAUUUUCUAUGCGGAGAUACCUCGACUUCAUAGACGGUGCUUUUCAAAAAACAAAAGAGGAGCCUCCCGAUAGCGUGUACCCUGGAGUAAAGAGACUGCUACUAGGACUGGUGUAUAUAGUUAUUUUUCAGACUGGCAAUCUGCUAGUACCAGAUGAUUAUUUAUUAUCUCUAGACUUUGAGAAUGUUAAUUUUCUCGCCAGAUGUGCCUAUGUUUUGAUAUGGGGGAAGCUUGUUAUCAUGAAGUAUGUUGGUUCAUGGUUAUUAGCAGAAGGCAGCAUUAUAAUAUCUGGUCUGAGCUACAAUGGGAAAGAUGAAAACGGGAUUGCCACGUGGGACGGAUGUACCAAUGUUAAUCUCUCCAAGCUGGAGAGUGCUGUCACAUUCCACCAUAUGAUACAGUCCUUCAAUAUCAACACUAACAUGUGGAUGUCCAAAUACAUAUUCAAGCGGUUGAGGUUUCUGGGCAACAAGUUUGUGUCUCAGGGUGUGACUCUGCUGUACUUGGCUGUCUGGCAUGGACUGCACACUGGCUACUACAUGUGUUUCAUGCUGGAGUUCUUCAUGACCAACACACAGAAUCAGCUUGGGAGUAUGGUUGAUGCGAGCCCCAAGUUGAAGGACUUUGUGCAACAGCCAAGCGUCAAAAUUGUUCUGUGGGGCAUUAGCAAAAUCAUCACCACCUUCUCUCUGUCUUACGCCCUUGUUGGUUUUGGCCUUCUCACUAUACCCAAAUGGACUAAGGUCUAUGCAUCAAUAUACUACAUUGGUCAUGUUGUCUUCCUUGGAUGGCCUGUUGUCUACUUUUUGCUCAAGAAAUUUGUAUUGCCACGGAAACGAGCUGUUAAUGGAAUCCAGAAUACUCACACGUCUGAGGAAAAGAAAGACACCUAGGCUGGUUUGCUGUGAUGUUUUUGUACAAAUAAUCUUGUAGCAUAGAGAGAGUGUGAGUGUUUGCUUGAGAUGAGACUGUGUCACUUUGUAAGACAUUCCCACUGUGUUACUAUCACAGUCAUAUCGAUAUGAGAAUGUCAUUUAGCAGUGAAAUAAGUUUCAUAGAAAUUGGACGAUUUGGUUGUGGGAAUUCCAUUUAAACAAAUCAUUUUGGCAUGUCUGAUUAAGGUUUUCAAAAUGUGAUUCCUCCCAUGAAUAAUUGUGUAUAUAAUACCCUAUUUUCAGAGCAAGUUAUAAACUUUAGUUCACAAUGCAACUCAUUUGAAUUAUUUAAGAUGAAUGAUGUUUUGUUUUGUCCAGUUAGGUCAACUGACUAAAUGCCAAGUGAUUACACUAAAAUGCACUAAGAAUUAUUAUAAGAGUCAAGUUUAUUCUAAUUUCAGUCAAGACGAAUUUGCAUGAGGUUGUUAUAGCAUUACAGAUAUUCUAAAACCUAAAAUAGUUAAAAUGGUUUUAAAAAGUACUAGUACUUAAGUGUGCACCACUAGAGGUCAAUCCUAGCACUAACAGAGAUAGAAGUUGGCAAAAGCCGGCUAGCCCAAGUCCUAAUUUGAAAGGCAUCCCAAAGACUAAAAGUGAUUAAAGCUUCUGAGGCAUUUUUAUAUUUGUUAUCACCUUUUGGGCUAGUGGGUGUUUGAUGUUUGAUUCCAGUCUUGAAACUUUGAUAUUCCUUUCGUCAAUUUUGCCAAGUGCCUCUGCUUUGAUAUCAGAUAAUGGAACCAAAUUAUCAGUUGGUAAGGUGAACUAAGUGUAUGUGUGUGUUUAAGUGGAUAACUGCAUGUGUGUACAGGGUGUGUGUUGGCAAGUGUGAGUGUUCACUGACAUUUGUAUCUGUAUAUUUCCAUGUGUGUAUGUGUGCUUGGUUGCAUUGUGGUCAGUAUCUUCAUGCAAUGCUUGAUAACUUUUCCAUAUCACAAGCACGUGGAGGGGCCAUGGUCCGCAGAGAAACUUGUACAUACGGAACAGCUAGGAUGAGAAUAUGAUAGCAAUCUUUUUGUAACAUUACCAUUUCAUGAAAUAAUAUAAUGGGUGUAUUUCUAACGUGUGAGCAUUAAAUAUCAGCACAAUAGUGUUUUACUUUGCCAUGGUAAUGAUGUUUAUAAGCAAAUGGUCACUAUAGUGCUCAGGUGAGGUAUUAUACUUUGUGUUAGAAUGGAAGCAUGGCCGUGGUUGAGAUAGCCCUGUAAAGUCUGAUUCUAACUGUCAUACUGAUAUGUGAAUAUUUAAUAAACAUUGAUUAUUUGUAAUUAGUAAGUUUGGUGGGGUAACUUUGUGGUUAAAACACACUCUUGUCACAUCCAAGGCCUGGGUUAGUGUGAGUACAAUAUAUGAAGUUCACAUUUUUCUACUGUCCCCCACUAUUGGUUCCUGCUGCUUUGGUGACGUGUUUACUAAAACAUGUCACUAGUUGUGAAUUGUUUGAGCUUGUAACCAUGGUAACUAGCAGGGAAAACUGAAUAUGUAUAUAAUGAUUACUAAGACAAACAGAAUUUUAAUGCAGUCACUGUUGGAAGCUAAGGACAUCAUUCUCAGGGAUGUAGGAGUAGCCAUGAGGUUGAACUUCUGAGGCUGGAUCAGGGUUUGAAUCCUGACCUUGAUAUAGUGCAUGAAGCCUCAUGUUUUUGUCCCUAGUGUACCUUUUGCUAAGAUCUCACAUUAUUUCAAGUUAGGGCUCCUGAGAAGGACCAAAGAUGUUUCGGACACUUGGUAUCAGUAAAAAGGCUUUGAAAAUAACUUGUAAGAAAGAAAAUGUCUGAGGACUACCACAUUUACCAUCAUGUAGAUGGCAGCUGUAUCAGAUCCUCAGUUUAGCCAA